GUAGGCGGCGGAUGGGAGAGCUGGCGCAGCUGCUGUGGUGGCAGCGGCUGAAGUGGCGGUGGCUGAGGUGGCCGCUGCCACUGCAACAGCUCCGGGCUCGGGGCUUUCGCGGCGGCGCCGGCGGGCUGGGCUGCGUGGCGCGGACCCCGGCGCGCGGUCCGGGUUGCUCGGGCGGCGCGUAAGAUGCCACUGAUGGAGGAGUUUCUGAGAAGCACCUCUGGGCCAGUGGCUUUGAACGGGAGCUCAAAGCAGAGACUAUUUAAAGCUCUGGACAUCGCAUCCUGAGGGCUGCAGGAGAGGAGAACAUGGCUGUGAGUUUAGAUGACGACGUUCCCCUCAUCCUGACCUUGGACGAGGGUGGCAGCGCCCCACGGGCUCCCUCCAACAGCCUGGGCCAAGAGGAUCUGCCCAGCAGAAAUGGAGGCAACUAUGCCGUCCACGACUCCUGCACCCCCAGUCUGAGCUCAGGGGGUGAGAGUUCCCCCUCCAGCCCCACCGGACACAACUGGGAGAUGAAUUAUCAAGAGGCGGCAAUCUACCUCCAGGAAGGUGAGAAUAACGACAAGUUCUUCACCCACCCCAAGGAUGCCACAGCGCUGGCGGCCUACCUCUUCGCACACAACCACCUCUUCUACCUGAUGGAGCUGUCCGCGGCCCUGCUCCUGCUGCUGCUUUCCCUGUGCGAGGCCCCGGCCGUCCCCGCGCUCCGGCUGGGCAUUUACGUCCACGCGACCCUGGAGCUGUUUGCCCUGAUGGUGGUCGUGUUCGAGCUCUGCAUGAAGCUGCGGUGGUUGGGCCUUCACACCUUCAUCCGGCACAGACGGACCAUGGUCAAGACCUCUGUGCUGGUGGUGCAGUUCAUCGAGGCCAUUGUGGUGUUGGUACGGCAGACAUCCCACGUCCGCGUGACCCGGGCGCUGCGCUGCAUCUUCCUGGUGGACUGUCGGUACUGCGGUGGCGUCCGGCGCAACCUGCGCCAGAUCUUCCAGUCCCUGCCGCCCUUUGUGGACAUCCUCCUGCUGCUCCUCUUCUUCAUGAUCAUUUUCGCCAUCCUUGGUUUCUACUUGUUCUCCCCUAAUCCUUCAGACCCCUACUUCAGCACCCUGGAGAACAGCAUCGUCAGUCUGUUUGUCCUUCUGACCACCGCCAAUUUCCCAGACGUGAUGAUGCCCUCCUACUCCCGAAACCCCUGGUCCUGCGUCUUCUUCAUUGUGUACCUCUCCAUCGAGCUGUACUUCAUCAUGAACCUGCUUCUGGCCGUGGUAUUUGACACCUUCAAUGACAUCGAGAAACACAAGUUCAAGUCUUUGCUGCUACACAAGCGAACCGCCAUCCAGCACGCCUACCACCUGCUCAUCAGCCAACGGAGGCCCGCCGGCAUCUCCUACAGGCAGUUUGAAGGCCUGAUGCGCUUCUACAAGCCCCGUAUGAGCGCUGGGGAGCGCUAUCUCACGUUCAAGGCCCUGAAUCAGAGAAACUCGCCUCUGCUCAGCCUGAAGGACUUUCAUGACAUCUACGAAGUCGCCGCCUUGAAGUGGAAGGCAAAGAGAAAUAGAGAGCACUGGUUUGAUGAGCUUCCCAGGACAGCAUUCCUCAUCUUCAAAGGAAUUAAUAUCCUUGUGAAGUCCAAGGCCUUCCAGUAUUUCAUGUACUUGGUGGUGGCAGUCAACGGGGUCUGGAUCCUCGUGGAGACCUUCAUGCUGAAAGAUGGGAACUUCUUCUCCAAGCACGUGCCUUGGAGUUACCUUGUCUUUCUGACUAUCUAUGGGGUGGAGCUGUUCCUGAAAGUUGCUGGCCUAGGCCCCAUCGAGUACCUGUCCUCCGGAUGGAAUCUGUUCGACUUCUCUGUCACAGCAUUCGCCUUCCUGGGACUGCUGGCUCUGGCCUUCAACAUGGAGCCCUUUUAUUUCAUAGUGGUCCUGCGUCCCCUCCAGCUGCUGAGGUUGUUUAAACUGAAGAAGCGUUACCGCAACGUGCUGGACACCAUGUUUGAGCUGCUGCCCCGGAUGGCCAGCCUGGGCCUCACCCUGCUCAUCUUUUACUACUCCUUCGCCAUCGUGGGCAUGGAGUUCUUCUGUGGAGUCCUCUACCCCAACUGCUGCAACACCAGCACAGUGGCAGACGCCUACCGCUGGCUCAAUCACACCGUGGGCAACAGGACUGUCGUGGAGGAAGGCUACUACUAUCUCAAUAAUUUUGACAACAUCCUGAACAGCUUUGUGACCUUGUUCGAGCUCACGGUUGUCAACAACUGGUACAUCAUCAUGGAAGGCGUCACCUCGCAGACCUCGCACUGGAGCCGCCUCUACUUCAUGACCUUCUACAUCGUGACCAUGGUGGCGAUGACCAUCAUCGUUGCCUUCAUCCUCGAGGCCUUCGUCUUCCGAAUGAACUACAGCCGCAAGAACCGGGACUCGGAAGUUGACGGCGGCAUCACCCUUGAGAAGGAAAUCUCCAAAGACGAGCUGAUUGCUGUCCUGAAGCUCUACCGGGAGGCACGGGGAGCCGCCUCGGACAUCACCCAACUGCUUAAGAUCCUCUCCCAGAUGGAGAGAUACGAGCAAAAUGCCUUGGUGUUUCUGGGACGGAGAUCAAGGACCAAAAGCGAUCUGAGCCUAAAGAUGUACCAAGAGGAGAUUCAGGAGUGGUACGAGGAGCACGCCCGGAAGCAGGAGGAACAGGAGCGACAGCUCAGCGGCUAUGUGGUCCCCACUACCCAGCAGCCUCCAGGCAGCCGCCAGCGCUCCCAGACCAUCACCUAAGCCCAGUCUGCAAAAGCCACCUCUUCUAUGCAAUAACACAAUAGUAUUAUUUUACUACGAUGUAUC